AACAGCAGAGUGUUCCGGUUCCUUUACCGAGUUUUCGACAAAAUCUAUAAAAUCUUUAAUUAUUGCGUGAAUCUUUGGAGAAGCUUGCAUCGCGCACCCCACGAUGGCACCCAUUUUUCGACUGGAAAAGUUCCCACACGUUUGCCGGCUGUGCCUGAAGGCAUCCGACUCGCGACCGGAGGUGAUGAUUUCCCUCAGUGCGAAAGACCCCGUGCUGGAUGACGAGAGUAUUGGCGACUUCAUCACUGCCAUCACGUUUCUGAUACCGGAGGACAAAAACGAUCUCCUACCGAACAUGGUCUGUCUGCCUUGUCUAGAACUGCUGAGAUUCUUCGCCAAGUACCGCUCCAAGAUCACCACGAUCCAGCUCCUGAUGAACUCGUUGGUCGAACUGAAGCGGGCCAAUUCAGUACCGCUUAUGGAUCUCUUCAGCAGUAAAGCCAAAUUUGUACGAAUGGUGUUCAAAGACCUUGACCUGUGCACCGUAGAUGAUUAUUCCGUUCAGGAUUUGUUGGACGAAUUUCCACAGUACGAAGAUAAUGCACCCCUUGCAGAGCAUGUCAAAGUGCAAGUCAAUGACUUGGAAGACGUGAACCCAGAUUCGGACACCGAGGAAUGUCACAGUACCUUCGACGAAUUGAACGAGUCAUCAAAAGGUUUUCCUGUACUGUUGGAGACGGACAGUUCUGAUGAUUACCCUAUUUUAAAGAAAAUGAAACUCCCGGUUAAAUCCAAGCUCGAGGGCACAACACUAGACCCGCCACUAAAAUGUCAAAAAUGCAACUUCAAGACGUACAACAAGCAUAAUUUACAGACACACCAAAAGAUACACGUCAAGCGGGAAACUCGCCGAUAUCCUUGCAAGGAUCCAGGUUGUACGGAGGUUUUCAAAACCAUCCGAAUGUACCGACGACACAGUUUGAUGGCGCACAAAGCGUUCGUCUGUGACAUCUGUGGACUUCGGUGCUCUUCGAAAACCUACUUGAAAAGUCACAUGGCUCGUCACUUGAACAAAUUCGAACACGUGUGUCCCUACUGUCAAAAGGGACACAACGCAAAGAGCGAUCUGCGCAACCACAUCGCAUGGAAUCACACGAACGAACGCAAAUAUCCUUGCGAAAUCUGUGGGCUGAUCUUCCGGAGGAAACCCAUUCUUGAUGAGCAUAUACUCACGCACAGCGAUACGCUCAACUAUGCCUGUACAAUCUGCGGCAAGAAAUUCAGAAGAAACCAGAACCUCAAGAAGCACAUCAAAGUUGUGCACGAUAUGGUUCGACUUCAGUGCAGCUACUGUCCCAAUACCUUCCAAACUACGUACAAACUGAAGGAUCACAUCGAAAGUGUUCAUGGGAUUCAAACCAGAUUUCUGUGCGACAUAUGUGUCCAAUUGUUCGACAGCCAGGAGAAAUUGGACAUCCAUAGGGUCCGCCACGAUAAUCCUAAUGAACUUGAGUGUCCAACCUGUUUGGUUCUGUUUCCGUCUGGUGACCGGCUUGGAAACCAUAUGUGCAUAACUUAUCGAGAUGACUACGUGUGUUGCGGCCGUGACUUCCGGUACCAUUACUUCUACAACAAGCACAUGCUCAUCAAACAUGGCGUCCGUGCAAACGUUCGUGUGAGACCCAUUCCUGGGGUACUGGUGGGGCAGAUGAGAGCCAAAAGGAAGCGCAUCGAGGCUUGUACCAAGUGUGAGAAAAUAUUGGCCACCAGAACACUGAAAAAACAGCACAUGGUAAUCUGCACUGGUCCCAAAGGAGAUGACUCAACUCUAAAAGUGAAGCCAGAACCGGUUUCUUCCAUUGACGAUCAAGCCGAAUCUGUUAUCGAAUGACCGUUGAAAUUGAGUGAAUAAAGCUGA